AUGCACCUCACUCAGCUUCUGGCCGAUCUGUUACUCUCUCUGUGGCGCGGUACUAUAGACUACACUCCUCCUGAUCAUCCAUCUACCUGGGAAUGGGCUGUUUUUAGAGAUGCCAACCUGUGGCAAGGCCAUGGACAAGCUGUCACAGAUGCUGCGCAACAUCUACCUGGGUCAUUCGAUAGGAAACCAUGCAACCCCACUCAAAAGAUUAACACCGGAUAUAAAACCUGGGAAUUCCAGAUGUACAUCUUUGGUCUGGGCCCCGCACUUCUCUACAAUGUUGUCCCUCAGCAAUAUUGGCUCAAUUAUUAUCAACUGGUGUGCGGUUUUUGUCUCAUUUGCCAGCACUCAAUUUCCAUGCAAGACUUACAAGCAGCACAUGCCUGCUUCAUUCAGUGGGAGCUCGACUUUGAGAUACUAUACUACCAACAGCAAGCUGAAUGCCUCCAGUUCAUAUGUCCGUGUGUCCAUCAAGUCAUGCAUCUCACAACUGAAACCCUUCAAAAGGGACCACCAAUUUGUUACUCACAAUGGACAAUGGAGUGCACAAUAGGAAAUUUUGGCCAGGAGAUUCGACAACCAUCAAACCCAUAUGCAAAUCUGUUGAGGGAGGGGGUGCAGCAGUGUCAGGUCAAUGCACUCAAAGCUAUGGUGCCUGACCUUGUUGAGCCAAAGCAGGACCUCCCUCAGGGUUCCAUUGAUUUAGGUGAUGGGUAUAGUCUUCUCCGCAAAUGUGAUCUGUAUGAUGUUCAACCUCAAGGUGGAGCUGCCCGAGCUAUUCGGGAGUACCUGGGGGCUGAUGUGAAAAUUUGUCGCUGGGCUUGUCUGCGCUUACCAAAUGGGCAGACAGCAAGAACAGUGUGGAGAGAAGCCAAGAAACCUGCUGAGAAGGUUUGCAUUUCACGCAAUGUCAAGCUCAUGUUGGAUGGUGAGAUUUGCCUCGCUGAAGUUCUUUACUUCACCCAUCUAGCUGUUGCAGAUGGCUUAGAUGAAGAUGGAGAACAGAUUUUUCAUUGGCAGGCCAUGGUGCUUGUCAUGAUGUAUUCCUAUCCAGAUCGUGACCUUCUCAAGCUCUCCUUUCACGCUGUAAGUUCAUGCAAACCCAUUGAGGAUGAUAUUUGUGUCGUAGAUGCGAAAUCCAUUACUGAUGUCAUUGGCAUGGUGCCCCACUGA